UCUCCCUUGUCCCCCCGGCGCUGAGAUGGCGGAGGGAGCGGCUGCCCGCGCUCUCCUCCUUGCCCGGCUCGCUGGGGACGAGGCGGUGCCGCAGCAGCGAUGGCUCAUCCCGGCUGCUCUCGUUGGGACACAGGGGCUGCUCCGUGCCCGGGACACUUCCCGGCCGUGCGGCCCCGGGCAGUGACCUCUCCUCAUGUCCCUUUCAGUGUGCCACCAGCGCGGGUGUGAAGCUGUUCCCGAGGCCGACCUCCGAAAGGCUUUUUCAGCACUCCUGAUGUCUCCGGAGCAAGGGGCUGUUUGUUCCCAGCAGAGAGAUGCCGGCUGUGAGCUGCAGGAGAGUGAAUUUUGCUCCCGUCAUGGAGUUGUGAAGGAGCUCCUGCAUCUCCAGGAGGCACCAGCAGCUGGGGUUCCACACUUGCCUGGGGUGCGAGAAGCCACUUGUCAUGAGCAGGGGGAUGCCACUUGUAAACGUGCAGGAAAUGAAGAUGUGGAGAGUGGAUUCUGCAGCCGUGAUGGGAGUGUGAGAGAGCCCCUGCGUACCCACGGCAGGAAUGUACACAGGAUCCUCAGAAGCUUCCCAGGGCCGGCUCUGGUUGUGGCAGCCAGCAGCUCUUUCCUGCUCCAGGCAAGCGGUUCAGGUGCCGUGCCGUGCCCGUGUUGGUGCUGGUUGUGCUCGUGUUGCUGGUGCUGGCUUUGGCGGUGGCCUUGGCUGUGCAGUCAGCCCCACAGCUUCCAGUCACACCUGCAACUCCGCUCUUGGUUCUGGCCUGUCCCUCUGGCUGGGUUGGCUACAAUGGGCUCUGCUACUACUUCUCCAGGGAUUCCAGCACCUGGGAGCAGGGUCAGGAACGGUGCUCCGAGCUCGGGGCCUCCCUGGCCAUUGUCAAGGAUGAGGACCUGGGUUUGCUCUUCCGCCUCCGCGGGAACGUCGAUUACUGGCUCGGGCUGCGCAGACGGGGCCAGCGCCUGCACUGGGGGGACGGCAGCAACUUCAGCUCCUGGGUUCAUGUCCUUGGCGAUUCCGAGUGUGUGUACCUGGCUGACGAUAAAUUUGUGAGUCAGAGCUGCUCCAAUGAGCGGCCGUAUCUGUGCAGCAAGGCCCAAGCUCCCCUGUGACAGGGGCUGGGGAAAGGACCUUCUCCACGCUGGGCAGUCCCAGCUUCACCUCUCAGCCCGGCACAGGCUGUCCUUGCUCAGCUGCAGCCUGUGCCUUGCCCUCACUCUCAGGGUCACCUCCGUGCCUGCUCCUCGCCACUGCCAAGGCCGGGCUGGGUGUCCAAAGGAAAAGUCUCCGCAAUCCCUCCUGGCCCCGGUGCUGCCUGCAGGGAGGGCAUUGUCCCCGUGACAGCCCCAGCUCCAAGGGCAGCCACCAGCGCCCCUGCCGGCGGUGCGGGAACUGCAGCCAAGGGGAAAGUGCCUGCGGCCGAGAGCGCCUGGGGCUGGGUUUGGGCUCCGUUUGUUGUUCAUGCCGCCCUCGGGGCUGUCUGUCCGCUUUGUGCUACGUCCUAGUAAAGAACUGUUAUUGCUCUUCUCAUAUCUUUGCCUGAGAACCACUUCAUUGCCAAAUUAGAAUCAUUUGGAGAGAAGGAUUUGAUAUUUUCCACUGCAAGGGAGGC